UUUUUGUCCAAAUCUUGCAGCGCGUCGACCUUCAGCUCCUCACCUCUCUCUCUCUCUCACACACACACACUACAUUCCCACCCCAAUACUAGCUGUGCGGAAGGAAGAAAGAGAAGAGAACAGUUAAUGUGAAGGUGAAGAUGCUUUAGCGCGCAGGUGAACCCCGUCGCGCUCCGUCCGCGUCUCGGCACCUGGGGGGGGGGGGGGGCUCGAGUGAAGUGGAGCUCAUGGUCACGGAUCAGGUGAGGUGAGAAGCCACGCUGCUGACCUUCAAUGGAGAGAGCCGUGGGCCGCAGGGCGCCUCCUGCCUCCUCCUUUACAUAAACACGACACGGACCCACCUGCUGUCACUGCGCGCCUCCCACUGACUCGAGCGGAUCACCUGCGGCGCGCGGAGGAGCGGCGCGAGCAACGCGGCGCUCGUGGGCACGUGGGGGAGAAAGGCGACGCGCGGGACCUCGCCGCGGACACUCGCCGCGGACAAGUCCUCGACGCGCCUCUCUUCCCGCGUCCCUCGGAAAACAAUGCAGAAUUACAAUAUGCGCGAAGGGCUCCUAGCGCUCGCGGACUGCUGAAGCGCGGUGGCGCGCGCAGCCGUGCGGUAAGAGCGCGCGGUACAAGCGCGGUACGAUCGCGGUACGAUCACGGUACGGCUGGACCUCGUUCGGGCGAAAAUGUCGAAAAGUUCGGAGCACUUUGACGAAUCCGACUGCGUGUGUUCGUACGGCAUGAAGUUAACGUGGGACAUCAACGACCCGAAGCUGCCGCAGCAGGACGUCAAGCAGUUCGACCCUUUCCAGGAGUGGACCGACGGCUACGUGCGCUACAUCUACAGUGCGGAGGACAAGAACGCGCAGCGACACUUGAGCGGCUGGGCCAUGCGCAACACCAACAACCACAACUGCCAGAUCCUGAAGAAGUCCUGCCUGGGGGUGGUGGUGUGCGCCAGGGGCUGCGUGCUGCCCGACGGAGGCAAGAUGCAACUGAGGCCCGCCAUUUGUGACAAGGCUCGGCAGAAGCAGCAAAAGAAACUUUGCCCGAGCUGCAACUCGGCCCUGGAGCUGAUACCCUGCCGAGGGCACAGCGGAUACCCCGUCACCAACUUCUGGAGGCUCGACGGAAAAGCCAUUUUCUUUCAGGCGAAGGGAGUUCACGACCACCCGAGGCCCGAGAGCAAGUCGGAGACGGAGGCCAGGAGGAGCGCGGUGAAGAGAAGGAUGUCCUCGCCUCCUUUCUCUCACCGCAGGAGGAUCCCGGAGUCAGAGUCGCUGACAGGAGUGCUGUCUGGGAUCCUUCCGCAGCCUGGCAGGUACCACGACCCCGGCGGCCCUUUCUCCAGCCUGCCCCACCUGUCCUGCGUGGAGGCGCCCGAGCGCUUCGGCAUCGGCAACUUCCCCAUCCAGCCCCAGCCGUACCCUUCGUUCCCGGCGGUGGAGCCCUACAAGGUGCCCUACGACACGAGCCCCAGCGCGGGGGAGGCUGUUGCUCAGCUGCAGAAGACCGGCAACCACCGGCUGUAUGUGCCGCGCCCCCCCUGUGGCUACGACUUCCCGGUGUCGGGCUACCUGAGCCCGAGCCCCUACGCCCUCGGUAAGGACGGGGGCAGCCCGCAGCCGGACGCCGAGCUGGUCCGGGCCAACGGGGGCCUGGGCGGAGGCCAGCAUGGCGCCGGCCCCCCAGGCGCACACGAGCGCGGCUACGAAGCCUCCGCCCGGCACCCUGCCUGGAAAAUGGGCAAAGGCGGCUACGGGGAGCGCGCGGACUUCGCGCAGCUGCCCUCUAACGCGGGCCACCCUUACUACAGCGGCGAGUACACUUGCAGGUACGGCGCGCCCCCAGCCGCUGCCCCGCCCCCCGCGGCCCUGCAGACCAUCAUCACGACCACCACCAAGGUGUCCUACCAGCCGUGCAAACCGUCCGUGGUCAAGUACGGAGACGGGCUCUACGACGUUAAGAACCAUCCCGGCUGCAACGCUCUGCUGGAGGGGGGGGGCUUGCCUGCCGCCUACUCUGACUUGAAGACGCCCGAGGACUCUGGGGUGAUCAAGUCGGCGGCGGCGUACCCCCCGGACACUCUGCCCUCCAAAGCUGAGAGGGCGGACAGUCUCGAGUCGUACCGUUACGGGAGCUACUCCUCAAACAACUACGCCGAGCGAAUGGGGCACCCCUUCCGAUACGACAGCGCCGAGUACUGAGUAUUGAGGGCGGGCCGAGUACUGAGGGCAGGGCGAGUACUGAGUGCUGAGUGCUGAGGGCGAGUACUGAGGGCGGGGUGAGUACUCGCUCCCAACGCACACAUGACUGCUCUCUUUUUACCAUGUAUUAUGAAAUGAAAAUAUCAAUCUAGGUAUUAUGGGAAAAUGCUGUACCGUCUGCCUGUUGACAGAGUUUCUGUAAAUAAUUCCUGUUAUUUAUACCCUUGAGCUCUUUGAGGUGAAGCUACAUGUCACACACUUCUGUUUUGUAUGCUGAUGCCACAAAUGAUGUGCAUGUAUCUAUAUGUAUAUUAUAUAUAUGUGUGUAUAUAUACUGUAUAUACAUACAUAUAUAUAUAUAUGUAGACAUGUUUCAUUCACGUUAAUAUGCGUUUCAACAGAAGUGUCUUUGCUGAAAAGUACCUCUACUUUGCCAAGACUUGACAAAAAGGAUCCAUGUUGCGACAUUUGUUUUAUAUGUCUUGAAAGAAAACAAUAAAGUUUUUAAGGUUCUUUUUGUAGUUUUUCCAAGACUGCUGACAUUUACAUUUUUUUUCCCAGGAACGCAAGUGCUCACGUUGACGAAACGUAACGUUACAGAGAGCGAUGGCGUUUUUGUCGAAAUUCACAAGCUGGCUGUCACAGUAAUAGCCUAAUU